GGGGGUGUGAAAGGCUCCGCCGCCGCCGGAGAGUGGUCCGGUGGACUGUCGCCUUCCCGAAUCUCUGCGAAGCGGCACCCGUCUCCUCAGGGAGCGGCCGACGGCUGGGGCCGGGUACAUGUUCCGGGUGGCUGAGCCCAACCCGAGUAGACCUCCGGCCGCCAGGAAGAGCUGGCAUUUCAGUAAGACUAUGGAGGAACUAGUUCAUGAUCUGGUCUCGGCACUGGAGGAAAGUUCGGAACAAGCAAGAGGGGGCUUUGCAGACACAGGAGAUCACUCGCGCAGCGUCUCUUGUCUUCUAAAACGUCAGGCCAGAAAGCGAAGGGGCCGAAAAAGACGUUCAUUUAACACCCAUCACCCAUGGGAGACUGGCCAUUGUUUGAGUGAAGGCUCUGAUUCCAGCCUUGAAGAACCAAACAAGGAUUAUAGAGAGAAUCAUGCCAAUAAUAAGAAAGACCAUAGUGAUUCUGAUGAUCAAUUGCUGGUUGCAAAACGCAGGCCAUCUUCAAAUUUAAACAACCUCAGAGGUAAAAGGCCUCUAUGGCAUGAACCUGAUCUAGCAGUUGACAAUUUAGGAAAUAGGACUCUGCGUAGAAGGCGAAAGGUGAAACGAAUGGCAAUUGACCUACCUUCAGAAGUAACAAACACACUGACUUUACCCCAGCAGCAGGAUAUUAGGGAUCAAGAAAUGGACAAUGACAACAGAUCUUGCCAGCAUCAAGAACUAAUAAAGAGCAAAGUUAAAAAAAGGAAACUCACUGCAAGUAGGCAAGGACCAGAAAUUUUGGAUGAAGGGGUAGUCAUAGAGAAUGAUGAAAUCAACCAGGCAAACAAGGAUAAAAUGGAAUAUGAGGAACAAAAGGGCUCGGAUGAAAACAUGAGUGACAGUGAAUCCAGCAGCCUGAGCAGUAGUGAUGCUGGUUUAUUUACCAACGAUGAGGGAAGACAAGGUGAUGAUGAGCAGAGUGACUGGUUCCAUGAAAGUGAGCCUGGAGGUGCCUGUGGGAUUACUGGGAUCAUUCCCUGGUGGGAAAAAGAAGACCCAGCUGAACUAGAGAAAGAGUUGCCCGAUCCAGUCUUUGAAAGUAUCUUAACUGGCAGUUUCCCUCUUAUGUCCCAUUCAGGAAAGAGAGAUUUCCAGACAAGAUUUAGCCAUCUUCAUGGAAUGCCAGCAAGAAGCGUCAAAAAAGCUACAGGAAAUUCAACAGCAAUGAUUACUACGCCAGUCUCCUGCAGUACCAAGAAAGCUGUGCAUUUGUCUCAGGAGUCUCAUCACCAUGACCAUUGGUUUAGCCCUGGGGCUAGGAAGGAACAUAGCCAGCUUCAGCUCCUGCGAGACAACCGAUCAGAGAAAGGACACAAGAAAAACAGCUCUGUGAAAACAGCAAGCAGACAAACAAGUGUCCAUUUAGGAUCUUUAUGCAUGGGAGAUAUCAAACGAAGAAGAAAAGCUGCACCUCUUCCAGGACCCACUGGGUUUGUAGGUGAAAAUGCUCAACCAAUCUCAGAUAGCAACAUUGGCAACCGGAUGCUCCAAAGUAUGGGCUGGACGCCUGGCACAGGCCUUGGACCAGACGGCAAAGGGAUAGCCGAACCCAUCCGAGCAAUGCAGAGGCCAAAGGGACUUGGACUUGGAUUCAGCUGACCAAAAGGCACUCCAGAUGCUGUUCCAACAUCAAGACGGAUGUUCAACCUUAGCUUUGAAAUAACUGAA